GCCGUAUCAAAAGAGAAUUGCCUUCUCAAAUCACGUCUGGAACAGCUUGAAGGGGAAUUGAAUCAAUUGCGCCAGGCCAAUGUGAUCCAACAACAAGAGCUACAGGCAUUCCGAGUUGAGACGCACAAGUUGCAUGCGGAAAAGGAGACCGCACUGGAGGAAUUACGAACCAAACGCCAGACAGAUCAAACCGAAGCCAAAUCCCGUAUAGCGGGAUACGAGACGCAGAUUCAACGUCAGCAUCACGAAUUGGAAGUUGAACGUAAACGUACUCAGGAACUGAUAAUGAAUCUCAAUGAAUCUCAGAAUGAGCUAACACGUUGUCUCGAGCAUCAAAAGCGCCAGUCUGAAGUGAUCUCCAGUUUGGAGUAUCAGUUUGCCGAACUUAAUGCCCAGAAACAACGCCUCCUUGAAGAAGUUACCCAAUCGAUGUCACUGAACGUGAGCACUGUGAAUGAACUCCGCGCUCAGGUGGCUCAGAUGUCCACCGAUCUUGUGCGUGUCACUGCCGAACUACAAGAGGCUCAUCGACGUGCGGAUAAUCUGGAAAAUGAGCUAGAUGCAGUUCGAGCGAAGGCAUCGGCAGGCGAUAAGAGUACCACAGUCGUCAGUUCUGAAAAACGUACGGAUGCCGGUGUGAGCACAGAUUUGACACUUACCUCGGGCGGUCGUGCUGGUGACGAGAAAUCACAUUCUCCGUAUGCACGGAAAGAACCCUCUGUUCUGGUAGAUCUCGAGUCCAAGGUAGCUUUGGAUCAGUUGCGAGAACAACUGAGCAAAGCUGAAGGAAACUAUGAAAAAGUCACUCGCGAUUUGGAUGAGGCACAUAAACAACAGGAGGUUUAUGUAUCAGAAUUAAAGCGAUAUAAGAAUACUUUGAUAGAAACAGAAUAUCUGUUGGCAAAACUGCAAGACUUUGUUGCUGAAUCAGAACAGAAAUGGCGCCAACUUCUGGCCGAUUCAGAAGCUGAGCGUGAGAAGCUAACGGUGCGGCNGGCUUGCAGAAGCCCAGAAAAAUGCAAUGGAGGUAAGUUGAACAGUCAGUCUAUUAGUCUACAUGCCUUGUCUACCUAUCUUGCCUGCCUGAUUAUCUGUCACUUAGUAUUAUGA